UAUUAAUGCGAUGAAACUGCUAAACACCCGUUUUCUCACUUCCUCUUCCGCAGCCCUUUUUUAUCUCUCCUUAAACCCAUCCAAAUUCCCGCCGCUCUUCGCCCAGCCCCAGCUCCGCAGCUGCAAUUUGCAGCUCCGGCCGCUUCGUUUUAGUCAAUACUGCUAUACCUUUUGCUUCUCGCAAAGCGCUAGCGCGGGAGCGGCAACAAUGUGCACAUCGCCACCGUCCGUUCACGUGAAGGACCGUAUUGAUCUGACGGCCAAGGAGAGGCAGAUUUUUGACCGUCUUCUGCAGGUCCUCCGCCACUUCAAUCUGCAAACGCAGCUCCGCGUCGCCGGCGGCUGGGUUCGCGAUAAGCUCUUGGGGAAAGAUUGCUAUGAUAUCGAUAUUGCAUUGGACGAUAUGCUGGGGCGUGAAUUUUGUGAAAAAGUGAAUGAGUUUUUAUCGUCUGCGGGCGAAGAAACUCAUGGAAUCGGUGUGAUUCAAUGCAAUCCUGAUCAGUCAAAACAUUUGGAAACAGCAAGGAUGCGUCUUUUCGAUGUGUGGAUCGACUUUGUUAACUUAAGAGCUGAAGACUACAGUGAGAAUAGCCGUAUCCCGACAAUGAGGUUUGGCACUGCUGAAGAGGAUGCAUAUCGAAGGGACCUAACGAUCAAUAGCUUGUUCUACAACAUCAAUACAAGUUCAGUCGAAGAUUUUACUGGAAGAGGCAUCAUAGACUUGAAAUCUGGGAAGAUAGUAACCCCGUUGCCUCCGAAGCAGACGUUUUUAGAUGAUCCCUUACGAGUUCUCCGAGCUAUACGAUUUGGUGCACGAUUUGGAUUCUCGCUCGAUGGAGAAUUGAAGAAAGCUGCUGCCGACAACGAUGUCAUAGCUGCUAUAGCUGACAAAAUUAGCAGAGAGCGCAUUGGUCAUGAGAUUGAUCUCAUGAUGUCUGGCAAUGAACCUGUGAAGGCAAUGGUCUAUAUUUCCGAGCUGCAGCUGUUUUGGGCUGUAUUCAGUCUUCCGCGGAAAGUGGAACCUCAGACGCCAGAAGGAUGCGAGAGGCUUUGUGUUGCUUACAUGGAUUCAGCGUGGAGACUUUUGCAGUUAAUAGGGCCCUCUUCAAUCAUCGACAACCAACUGAGACUCUGCUUAUAUGCUGCAUUGCUUCUACCACUGAGAAAUGCUAAAGAAGAGGACAGGAAAGGGAAGAAGAUUCCGGUUGUGAGCUAUAUUUUUCGCAAUUCUCUCAAGCUGAAGGCUAGUGAUGCGGAAACUGUUUUGAGCAUGCAUCUCGCAGCAGAAAAUUUCUCAUCCUUGAUCCCUUCGAUCAUAUCUGAUGAGAAUCUACAAACUCUUGAGUCUGAUGAGAAAAGAGAAACUAUCGACGUUCCACUUGCAUCAAAACGUAGAGUAUUGACCGGGUUGCUACUUCGAGAGAUCAAAGAAUUCUGGCGCCCUUCGCUGGUGCUUUCGUUGCUCUUACACCCCCAAGAUAUCGGUCUGAGUGAAAAUUCAUCGAGCGAGGAUGCAGAAUUAGACGAGAGAAGAGAGAUAUAUAGCAGGGUAGAGAAUGCAAUCCUGGAUAUGGGACUCGACAAAGUUUGGGAACUGAAACCGCUAGUGGAUGGCAAACGAAUCAUGGAUGUAUUGCAGAUAAAAUCGGGAGGGCCUAUCGUUAGAGAAUGGCAACAAAAGCUGCUCCAGUGGCAGCUCGCGCAUCCCUGCGGAUCUACAGAAGAAUGCGUGGAGUGGAUGAGGCAAGCCCAGUCGAAGCGGGCAAGAACAGAGUAACUCAUUUUACCUGCUUUCCUUCAAGCCCGUCUUAUCCGUGACGCCUUAGGUCGCUUCGGAAAUUGAGGCGUGUGUACAUACAUUAUUGGAACAGUUUACGCUCUCAUCUAUACAGAUUUUAUCAUAAUCUUUGAAAUUUAUUAAUUAUAUCUCAACUUUUAGUGAUUGUAUCAAUUUUUUCAUGAUCUUUCACACUUAUCAAUUAUAUUACUACAAUUUUUAAAAUUAUUUUAAUUUUAUCAUCGUAAUUUCACUUCAA